UCGCGUCAUCAGCUCAGCCUCGUGGUCAUUCGUGAUGCAUGCCCAAGUCGCCUCCUCCGUUGCACAUCUUCACGCGCACCUUCAGAGUCUGUCCUUUACACUCCAGCCCAUUGGAACUUGGCAGAGCUAACUUGGUCUCUUUCCUCUUUUUCCCUUCUCCAGUCCCUGUUGAAGCUGCACGCAAUCGCCGAGAAGUACAAGGACCCGGAGAUGAUGGACUUUUUGGAAUGUGAAUUCUUGAAAGAGCAGAUUCGCUCAAUAAAGCAGUUUGCAGACUACCUGACUGAAGCAGAGCGAGUCGGGCCCGGUCUUGGCGAGUAUCUCUUAGACAAACUCACCCUGAAGGAAUGA